AUGAGUUCUCCGUCGAUGGCCUCCGAACCGAAGCCCUCCGUCAAGAUGUUUCACACCGGAAGCAAUCAGAAGACGGACGUGACAAGCGGUGAAGUCAUCGACAACUCGGAGCACCUGCAGCGGCACCUCACCCCUCGCCAGGUUCAGUUCGUCGCCAUCGGCGGCUCGAUCGGCACCGCCCUGUUCGUCAGCAUCGGCUACGGCCUGAUGCGCGGUGCCGGCAGUCUCCUUGUCGCGUUCGUCCUCCACGCGUUGGUGAUCGCUCAGGUCAACAACUCGCUGGCCGAGAUGACCGUCUUCAUGCCCGUCAGCGCGGCCUUCAUCCACCACGCCGGCGCCUGGGUCGACAGCGCUUGGGGCUUCAUGAUCGGCUGGAACUUCUUCCUCUUCGAAGCGCUUCUCAUCCCCUUCGAAAUAACCGCGCUGGACAUGGUCUUGACUUUCUGGAGGGACGAUAUUCCCUCGGCUGCCGUCAUCACUGUCUGCAUCGUUCUCUAUGCAGGAUUCUUCAGUCUUUGCAACGCCCUUAUGCGAGAUGCAUAUGGAUUCCGCAAUUGGUCAAAGCCGGCUUUCCCCAAGGCACCCUUUGUAGAGUACAUCGAUAAUCGUGACCUGGGUCGUUUCCACGGAUUCCUCGCCGCGUUGUGGCAAGCCGCCUUCACCAUCGUCGGCCCCGAGUACCUGGCCACGGUCGCUGGCGAGGCCCAGAACCCGCGAAAGACGAUGAAGGCCGCGUUCAAAUCGGUCUACUGGCGUUUCGCCAUCUUCUUCAUCGGUGGGGCGCUCUGCGUCGGCAUCGUCCUCCCCGCAGACGACCCGACGUUGCUGAGCGUGCUGAGCGCCGGCGACACGGGCACCGGCGCGGCUUCUCCGUUCGUCAUCGCGAUGAAGAACAUGGGGAUAGGGGGCUUGCCUCAUCUGGUAAAUGCCCUCCUGCUGACCAGCAUUUACUCGGCUGGGAAUGCCUAUGUUUACUGCUCGUCUCGAAGCCUUUACGGGCUGGCGUUGAACGGCCAUGCGCCCAAAUUUCUUACGAAGUGCACCAAGCAAGGCGUGCCCAUCUAUUGCCUGUUCGUCGCGCUGUCCUUCGCAUGCCUCUCUUUUCUCAAGUUGGGAAGUGGUUCCGUGGUGGUGUUGACAUGGCUUACCAACCUCAUCACCGGCGGAACUCUGGUGACCUACAUCGUCAUCUGUGUCAACUACCUCUUCUUCUUCCGAGCUCUGAAAGUCCAGAACUUCAGCCGGGCCGACCUUCCAUACCGUGGUUACCUUCAACCCUACGGAACUUGGAUCGCCCUCGCAUGGCUGGUGGCGGUGGAGAUAUUCUACGGUUAUGCCAUCUUCCUGCCUGGGCGAUGGGACACGGGCACGUUCUUCAGCAACUACACGAUGGCCAUCAUUGCCGUCUGCCUCUUCUGCGGGUGGAAGGCUUUCGGGCGCACGCGUUUCGUCAAGCCAGAAGACGCCGAUCUGAUUGGGAUUCGCCCGGCGUUGGAGGAACACGAGGCGGCGAUGGCAAUGUCGAUGGCGAUCAACGAAGACGACAAUGAAGUGGGCGAUUAG